GGUGACUAGGAGUUUUUUGUGUGCAUUAGACUCUUGUUAAACUCCCCUGCUAAACCCUAGUUUCUCAUCAAUCUAAAGGAGAAACUAGGGUUACGGAAAGCUUGCGCAAAUCAGAAUCGUACUCAGCUGUUUGUUGUUAGAGAGUGGAAGCAGUAAAAGAAUGGAGUUUUGUCCAACUUGUGGGAAUAUGUUAAAGUUUGAUCCUGCAACUGUUGGAUUUAAAGCUAGCCUUCGUUGCCCUACUUGUCCCUAUGUUGCACAAAUAGGAACCAAUGUAAAGCUCAAGAAAAGACAACCUCUUGUGAAGAAACAGAUUGAACCUAUUUUCAGUGGUGCACAUGCUAUGGCAGUGGCCCCCAAAACACAAGCACAAUGUCCCAGUUGCAGGCAUGGGGAGGCCUAUUUUCAGGAGUUCCAGACUCGGUCUGCUGAUGAGCCCAUGACAAGGUUUUAUGAGUGCUGCAAUUGCUCUAGGCAUUGGCGCGAAGACUGAACAUUACCGGGGUCGAUGGGAAUUGUUAAUUUGGUGUGGCGGCACUUCGCCCCGCUCUCUUGGCCCAGAUGUAUUGGAACAUUCUUAAAUAUUUUUCAUGAUAGGAAAGUUUCACUCAUUGAUAAUCUAUAGGUUUUAUCUAUUUUCUACUUUCUACCCAUGUGCCACCUUGAAUUCCUAUAUAUCCUAAAUACUUCCUUUUUGACUUUA